AUGUCAUCCCAGAACGCUUCAAAUGGUGGAGGUGCAACGUUAACGACAAUACAUCAAAGAUGUGGUGAUUUUAUAAUUGAAAUUGAACCUUAUUAUCAUUAUUAUCCUUCUUCAAUUAAUAAUGAUACCGCUACUAAUAAUGUUAAUUCUAAUUCAACUUCUACCGCUUUAAUGUCCACCACCUCUUUAUUAAACUCCUCGGCUCAUCACUCGAACUCUAUAUCAACUCCACGUCAAUCCACGACCUCCCGUUCGUCAAUUUCUACAUAUUAUAAUUCUUCCCCCGAUUCCACGUCAAACUCUCCUCCCUCUUACUCCCAUUCUUCCCCACUUGCAUCGAUAACCGAAGGUCAAUCCUUAUCAUUAAUUACGACCAAAAAGAUCAAAGAUUUGGAGGAUCAUAUAUCGUAUCAAUCAGACAACUUGCGUUCGGUGAUUUGGGAAAGGGAUAAUUUAAAACAUUUAAACUUUUCUUUGGAAAGUCAAUUACAACAGCUCAUAUCAAAAUUAUCAAAGCAAUCUACUCAAAUCGAUUCUCUUUUAAAGGAAAAUCAAGUUUUGAAAAAUAAUUUAAAAGAUCGAAAACAAUUACAAUUGUUACUUACUAGUACCGAAAAAGAAAAUGUUGAAUUGCGCGACAAUCAUCAACAAUUUGAGGAUUUAAGACAAAAGUUAUCCAAUAUUGAAAAAGAAAGGAAUGAUUUGCAAGAUGAAGAUUUACGUUUACGUCAUCAGAAUGAUAAUUUGGCAGCUGAUAUGGGUAGAUUACAAGAUGAAUUAAAUUAUUUUAUUAAAACAAGGGACAACUUAUUAAAAGAAAAUUUAAAUAUUAAUAGCAGUUAUCAUUUAUUGGAAAAUUCAUCACAAAGAAAUUCACAGGAAAUAAUUGAUUUACGGGAAAGUUGGUUUAAUGAAAAUGAUAAAGAUGGUUCACAACGACGAAUUCAAUCUCAUGGACAAUUUGACAUUAGUACUACAAGCGAACAAAGUUUAUUGAGUGAAUUUAUCGCAAGUAGUGGCGAAGAAAUUGAUGACGGCGAUAAUAAUGAAAGCGAAUGGGAUAGGAAUAGCGUAAAUAGUGGCAUUGCUAAUACUAAAAAUCACGAUCGAAAAAUAAUUCAAAGUCGAGAAAUUUCACAAAAUACACGGGAGGGAAUGCUUGAAAAAGAAAUACAAUUGAAACAAAUGCAUGUGGAAUUAAAUACUAUAAGGGAGGAUAGGGAUGAAUUGAAAUGUAAUUUUGAUAAAAUCUCCGACGAAAACAAUACAUUAUUAAAAAGGUUUGAGAAUUUACGAGCAGAAACAAUGAGCAAGGAUGAGGAAUUAAAGAGUGUGAUUAAGAAUAGAAACGAGUUGCAAGAGGAAUUAACGAGAGUAACUAAGAAUCAUGAUGUAUUACAAGUAGAAUUACAAAGUAUAACAAAUGAUAGGGAUAACUUGCGGGAAAAAUUGAAAACCAUAUCAAAUGCUUUGGAUGAAUUAAAUGGCAAAUAUAAUUUAGAAAAGAAUAUACUUGAAGAAAAUAUAGAGAAGUUGCAAGAAGAACUAAAUGAUGUAAUUUCUCGUCAUGAUAAAUUGUCUUUGGAUGUGUCUUCGGAAAGGAGUUCAUUAGAAUCAAAGAUUCAUCAAUUACAAGUUGAUCUAGAUUCUUCACGACAAGAUUUAGAAGAGUCACGAAAGGAAUUGAAAUUAUCACAGGAAUUGUUUAAAUCUUUAGAACAAGAGUAUAAUUUUACACGCAAAGAAUUAGAUAAUUCACGACAAGAAUUGGAAACUUCAAGACAAGAAUUUGAUACUAAAUGUCAAGAUUUAGAAUCUUCCCAGCAAGGAUUAGCUACCACGCGGCAAGAAUUGGAUUUUAUACGAAAAGAAUUGGAUUUAUCACGAAGUGAACUUGUUUCCGUUAAACAAGAAUUAAAUUCUAUACAGGAGGUAUUCGUUUCUACUCAACAAGAAUUAAAUUCCACAAAAAAUGACCUUAAUUCUUUACAAAAUAUACGAGAAAAGUAUACAAUAUUAAAAUCACAAUAUACAGAAAUAAUAGAACAAAAUCACGAUUUUACGAUAGAAUUAGAAAAGUCACAAACGACUUCAAAUGAAUUUAAACAACAAAAUGAACAAUAUAUUACUCAAUUAGAUACACUACAACAAGAAAAAGAAAAUAUAAUUAGAAGUAAAAAUGUGACAGAAAUAGAAAAUGAUUUAUUAAAAUCACAACUAGAAAACCUACAAGCAUCAUCAUUAAGCAAAUUGAGCGAUGUAGAAAAAGAAUAUAGAAUAAUUAGGCAACAAAGAGAUGAGUUAAUUUUAGAAAACUCAAAGAUACAAAGUGAAUCAGGAAAAUUAAAAGUGAGAAUCAACACGCUUGUGAAUGAAAAUGAAGAAAUUUUGGAUUUGUUACAAAAAGUUAAACAAGAACAAGAUGAUGACCUAAAGAAGGAGCGAAGAGAAAUGAUAAAUAAGAUCAAAUUAUUAACACAAGAUUUAAGUGCCGUUAAAGAACAACGGGAAGAAUUAAAAGCUCAAAACGCUCGUAUUAGUUUAUCGAUGACGAAAGUCAGUGAAGAAAGUGAACGUGGACUUGGUGUGCGUGAAGACCUAAAAAAUCAAUUAAACAAUCUUAAAGAUCAAUAUAAUUUGUUAUUGGAUGAAAACGAGAUAAUGAAAAAAGAACGUAUUGAAGCCGAGAAAUUACAAGUGGAAUUGAGUACGGUUAAGCGACAAUUAAAGAAUAAGACUAACAAUAAUAUUAGUGUUAAGGAGUCUGCACGUUCAAGCGUGUCGCAAUCCCCUCCACCUCCACAAAGGAAAUCCGUUAGACGAGCUUCAAGUGUUAUCCAAAAUCAAGCAUCCGGGCAACAUCAAUCUGAUCAAGUAAGUAAUCGUGGAUCCCAAGAUUCCAUACAAAUUAGGCAGGAAUCUGCAAGCAUAGCACAGGCAAAAUUAGUUAAAGUAGAUCAACAUCGUCCACAACCACCACAUCAAACUGUUCGUAAAGGAGUAUCACAAUCUCAACAAAUAUCGCAUAUUUCACCAUCAUUGAAACGUUCAAUUUCUUCACAACAGAGACAUUCAACUUUUCCCGAAGAAACAAUUAUAUCAAUUAAUAACAACGGAAGAAUAACUCAACUUCCCGUGAUUAACAAAACAUCAAAGAGAAUAUCGUCAAUAUAUUCUUCCAAUGAAGAAUCAAAUGAAGAUUCAGGAGUUUAUCUUCCGAGAAUUAUUUCUCCUGCACCCACUAAAGCAAUACCUUAUCUGAUUACUUCUAAUAAAGGCAUGAAUAACAAAGAUCAGCAUAUUAGUGAAGAGCCAACUCAGGUUGUUGAUUCGCGUCAUAAUUCAUUAAGUGGAGAAUCUACAUAUAAUGAUAAUACAGCUAGUAGAAGAAGUUCUUUGUAUAAUUCACCACCGUCACCAUCAUUUAUACCAAAGUUAGUAGAUAUUAACAAACGAUCGUCAAGUUACGACACCUCCUCAAAACCAUUGCCUUCUGUUCCUUCUGUUCCUAAAAAAGUCAAUGAAAAACGAAGUAAAUCAGAUGAUUCGGUUUCAGGUGCAUCAACUAUAAAGAAUAGACGUAGUUUAAUUUUAUCAAAAUCUAUGUCAAUAACUGGUAAUUCUGCUAAGAAAAUAAGCGGAAUGAUAAGUAGAGAAAAAGAUAAAAAAGAUAAUGAAAGUUUUACAAGCAAAGAAGCGCCUCUUUGUGAAUUUUGUAAUCAACAACCUUGUAAAAAGAAAGCUAUAAAAGGCUAUCGUAAAUAUUGUAGCAAUAAAUGUAAAGAAUCAGCUGUCGCUGCUAAUCGAGUUACGAGCGAUAAUGCAAGUGAAAUAUCAAAACAUGAUAGACCACGCAAAUCAUAUAGUAGUUCGAUCUAUAACGCUUCAACAGAAUCUCUUCCUAAGCGGCGUUAA